AUGGGAAAGAAACUUGACUGGGAUGAUCCAUUGCCUAGAAAUCUCAGGGAAAAAUGGUAUAUAUUCUUUAAGAGUAUAUUCCAAUUGGAAAACUUAUGCAUACCAAGAUGCAUUAGAAAUACCUCUCUUAUUGAACCUAGUUUAAUAAUAUUUUCUGAUGCUAGUACCCAAGCCUAUUCUGCAUGUGCCUAUGCUCGUUGGCAAGUUGAUAGAGGAAAUUAUGAAUCUAGACUACUUGCAUCAAAGAGUAGACUCGCUCCUGUAAAGCAGCAAACUAUACCUAAACUUGAACUUUCUAGUGCUGUUCUGGGUGUCCGUCUCCGUAACGCAAUUAUUAAGGAGAGCAGCAUCCAGUAUCAUAAAGUGUAUCAUCUUACAGAUUCUGAAAUUAUACUUGCUCAAUUAUGA